AUGUUUGCAGCCCGCGAUCAAGAGAAUUUGGUUCAUGGUCAUCAACAAGUCGCUGCCGCCAAACCCCACAAUCAAGGCACAAGAAGUUUACAGCCAAAGACUCCAGGAAAUAGAUUCCCAAAGACGCCAUUAAAGAUCCCAUUGAAUGAUGAGAAUGCGCCAGGAGGAUAUGGAGGAAAAGGAACGGUACUUGGUACAAAGGGUAAGGGUAAGGGUCUAGGAGGAAAAGAUGCCUUCGCAACACCCGUGGGUACUGGCAAUCGUGCUCCUCUUGGUAUGAAAACUACGAAUGCGAAAACCAAGGUGUUCCAGACUCCUGCUGGUCCGACGCCUGAUAAGGAGCUCGAGAAGACUGCAUCUAGGCAAAUGAGUGCUCGCAGACCCAAGCCCAAAGUUUCGCAGAAGAUCAAGAUUGAUGUUCACGGAGAUGAGAGUCCUCUAAGAGAUGUUGAAGUAGAAUACAUGCCGCCACGAUCCAAAGACCUACCAUUCGAUUCGGAUGUCUUCCCCAUCGGUUGUCUCAAUUACGAUAUGCUUAAGCCUGAGAACCUUACCAAUGGAGCUCUUGGCGACUACUAUAACACUAAUGAUAAGAGUGGUAGAUCGCAACUCGAGCGAGAUUUGGAGAAGUCCGCUGUUGAGCGUGCGAAAAAGACUGAUGAGCAGAUACUGGCGUCAAUGGAGGAUUGGGUUAUCGGUGAUGUCCCUGAAACCUUCAGAAACCUCAAGAAGCAAAAGCCAAAACCUACCAUCACAGCUCGUCGAGCAACGUCCGCUCUAUCUACUCUUCCAAGGUCUAGGGUGGAGCCUCUCAAAAGACCAUCAACAGCAAUCCCAAGGCCAGCAUAG